UUUAAAAUUCCACAAAAGAGUAAUACAUGUAUCUUAAUUAAAUGGAUCAUUGUCAUGUGGAAACUGAUAGUGAGGAUGAGCUUCCAAGCAAUUGGGAGGAACGGGUUUCAGCCAAUGGAUUCAUUCAUUACGUUAAUGUUGAGAAAAAUCAGAUCCAGUUGAAUCAUCCAAGAACAAAUAAAAUGAAAAGAGUUCCAGUUGAAUUGCCUUACAACUGGAAGAAAACAGUUGAUGCUGACAAUAAAGUCAUUUACAUCAAUGAAUUAGAGAAUCGUGAGACAAAAACAGAUCCACGUUUGGCAUUUUCUCAGGAAUUUGCAAAUGAUAAGCUUCGACAGAGAUUUGAUUCAUCCACAAAAGCAGUUUCAAUACUUUACGGGAAGAAUUUGACUGGUCAAGUGGCGUUAGUCACAGGUGCAUCAAGUGGAAUUGGAUAUGAAACUGCAAGAUCACUGUCUAAUUUUGGAUGUGAAAUCAUUUUUGCUUGCAGAAAUGAGAAAGUAACAAAUGAGAAAAUGAAGGCACUGGAAGUUGAAAAUAGUCGUGCUAAGCUUAAUUUCAUUCAAGUUGAUCUAACGAAUUUAAAGUCAUGUAAAGAAUUUUGUGAUAAAGUCAAGCUUCAAUAUCAGCAUAUCAAUUAUUUAAUUCUAAACGCUGGAGUUUUUGGACUGCCUUAUUAUUUGACUUCAGAUGGACUUGAAACAACUUUUCAAGUUUGUCACUUGUCGCAUUUUUACAUUACUCAACAGUUGUCUUCACUACUCAAUGAAAAUUCAAGAGUAGUUAUUGUAUCCUCAGAAUCUCAUCGUUUUGCAAGCUUACCUGCAUUGCCACUAACCAAGGAAAUCUUGAAUCCACCGCCUGCAAAAUAUUGGAGCAUGCUGCAAUAUAAUAAUAUCAAAUUAUGCAAUAUACUAUUCGCGAUGGAACUAGCAAAGAAAUGGCAGUCACGAGGAAUCAGUGUCUUUGCUCUACAUCCUGGAAAUCUUGUGUCUACAAAUCUCUCACGUCAUUGGUGGUUCUAUAAAGUUAUAUUUGCUGCCGUCAAAUCUUUCACGAAAAACCUAGAACAAGCUGCAAGCACAACAAUUUAUUGCUCAAUUGCUGAUGAAUUAAAAGGACUGAGUGGUUUAUACUUCAACAACUGCUAUAUUUGUCAACCAUCAAAAUUAUCAUUAAAUGAAAAUUUGGCUACAGAAUUAUGGAAUUUAAGUGACGAGAUCAUAAAUGAGAUUCUUCAGAAAACAUAAUUAAACUGCACU